ACGUCCGGCUCCGCGGCGGUGGUCGGUUUUCGGUUAUUCGGACAUUAAAUGCGAUUUCCGAAUCACCGAAUGUCAUGACUCAUGUGAUGAAUGUUUUAACGAGUUUUGAAUGAAUUUUACUCUAUUUUGACAAAAUGAUGCUUCGACGGAUUUCAAGUCGGUCGCCAUUCGCUUUACUUUGCAGCAAAGCUUACAUGGACAGCAGCAUACAUCAUGUUUUAAAUCCAGUAUGUAGACAUAUUACGACAAGCAUCUCUUCAAAACUACAUCCAACUCGAAGGGAAAUGAGGUCUGUCACAAGGAGAGCCAGCCAGCUCCUCCAUCAUGUUCAGUCCAACAAAAUAUCCCAUGCCAGAACUUUAAGCUCAAAAAACGAUGGUGAAAAAGGAGAAGCCUCGACUUCCCCCGGCGGAGAUGAAAAACCGUUUGUAGUGACGACUGUGAAGGGCAAGAAGGAGGCGGAACCGGUGGUGAAGGCUUCGGAAGGAGCAGACCUGCCGUCUGAUUCAAAGGAAGCCAAGUCAUCUGCAGCCGAGCGUCUUGCAAACCUAUCCAAGGCAUUGUCAUCGUACAAGGAAAGAAGAAGGAAAGUGGAUUACUCCAAGAAAUACACAGACAACAACACCAUCACAGCCGUCAGGGCUAUGAGUGACUACUUACUGAAAUCGAGUGAUCUGGAGCAGCUGAGGAAGACAGUGAGGAGAAGCCCUUAUGAUCAGGAAUCAAGUGAAAGGAACAUGAUGGUGUAUCUCCGAUCUGAUGUAGAACAAAAGGCUAUUGAGGUUUGGGGGAGUAUGGAAGCACUUGAAAUGGAGAAGAAGAAGAGGAGAGACAGAGAGGCUGUAUAUAAAGAACAUUUGUUCCUGCUCAAGAGAGCAAUGAGGGAAUACGACUCUUUCUUUAGCCCCAAAGAGCCAACACCAUCAAUCUUUGAGGGUCCCGGCCAGGUUGUCCUGUCAGCAAUAGCCAUCAACACAGGUAACUUUGUGUUCAAGUUGAUGGCAUGGUUGUACUCUGGUUCAUCCAGUAUGUUCUCGGAAGCAAUCCACUCCUUAGCAGAUGUGUGCAAUCAAUGCAUUCUUGCCUUGGGUAUCCAUCAAUCUAUCAAGAAACCAUCAAGGGAUCAUCCGUAUGGGUUCAGCAACAUGCGUCACAUCUCAUCUCUGAUCAGUGGUGUGGGUAUCUUCUGUGUGGGAGCUGGUCUCUCCUUUUAUCACGGUAUUACAGGGUUAUUGCACCCUGAGCCUAUAGAAUCACUCAUCUGGUCCUACUGUAUUCUGGGAGGUGCUCUGCUUACGGAAGGAGCAACGCUAGCUAUUGCCAUCAAUGCUAUCAGGAAAGGAUCUACAGCCAGGAAAAUGAAGUUUUGGGAUUAUGUUUGGAGGGCUAGAGAUCCCAGUGUCAACGUGGUGUUCAUGGAAGACACUGCAGCUGUCAUUGGUGUGCUAAUCGCUGGGAGCUGUAUGGGCCUGACCUCGCUGACAGGGAACCCGAUGUAUGACUCGCUAGGAGCUAUAGGAGUCGGGACUCUACUAGGUGCUGUAUCUGGUUUCCUCAUCUACACAAACACCAUGGCCCUCACUGGCCGGUCAAUCCCAGAUGACCAGCUACUCAGACUCAGUGAGGUUAUGGAGAAUGAUGUCAUGGUCAGAGGAGUAUAUGAUGUGAAGGCAACGGACAUGGGUGUGAAUACAAUAAGAUUCAAAGCAGAGCUGGACAUUGAUGGCGCAGAGCUCACAAGAUCAUACCUUGACACGCAGGACCUGGAAGUUCUUCUUAAGGAAAUCCAGAGCUUUCAGAAUCUAGAGGACGUGGAGUCUUUCAUGCUGAAGCACGGUGAGAGGAUCAUUGAUCAGCUUGGUGCAGAGGUUGACAGGAUAGAAAAACUUAUCAAGGCAACAGAACCUGAGGUAAGGCAUGUGGACCUUGAGAUUCUCUAAGACCAUGCCUCUGCAGGAUGUUCCUCUUCUUUCAUUGUGGCAUCUCAAGACUAUGACCAAUUGAUCUAGUUCUUGUUUCCUGUGACCUGUGAGUCUUGAGGAGUUCUGGUAAGAUCACACUCCUUUAGUUCCUCUUCCUUCAUCGCAUCCAAGGACUGUGACCAAUGGAUCUUCUAGUUUCCUGUGACCUGUGAGUCUGUGAGUUUUGGUAGGAGUCCAUGAUAACAUGUCAUUCUCCACUUAUAUGUUUUUGAUAAAAGUUGCAUGAAAGAACUCGGACCAAUGGAUCCAGAAGUUCCUUUGACCAGUGAGUCUUGAGGAGUUCAGAUAGGAGUCAGUGACCACAAGUCAUUACUCACUUUCUGUUUUGGAUCAGAUUUACAUAGGUUGUCACACUGAGUCCAUGUCCUCUCAGCAGGACCUUCCAAUGGUCAGGGUGGUAUGUCAUAUGUAUAGUACCCGAGAAAUUGACUGGAAUAUAGCAAUGAUGGUCCGUCCCCAGGUUAGUCCACAAUAGCUGGUAGAAUGCUUUCUAGGAAGGGAGAUGCAGGGGUGUGGUGCCACUUUAUAUCAGGCAGAACUCUGAAUCGAGGCACUUGUAGCUGAUUUCUCCGGUUAUGUGCAUGUAGAUGGCAUUUUGUGUUUACAAAGUAAAUCACUGUUGGGCUUAAAGAGGUUUCCUGAUCAAUCAUAAGGGAUAUCAAUGUGAGGUAACGAAGGUUAAAAGACCACCAUCUUGUCUCUCGUUAAGAGUUUUUAUAUCAAGUGAGUUACGGGAUGAUUGAUAGAAACAUGCAAUAGGGAUGGUUAGGCGAACUCUCUUAAAUCGAUUAGAAACACCGGUUAUGUCAGGGGUAUGGCAAUCCCCAAGAAAUUCCAUUGGUAUGCAUUGUAGGUGAGAAAUAAAUGGAUGGUGGUCCAUCAAGGGAAAGGUCAGAUAUUGAUAAGGGUAGAGAAUUGCCUGUAGGAAGUCAUCCAUGAGAAUACAGAUUCAAAGCCUGUCAUUGCCAAAUUUAAAAGAUUUCAGACAGACAUUCUUCAGAAUAAUUAAUAACAUGAGCAAGAUAAAUGUUCUCUGUUAUUCAGUAGUUAUCUUGUGCUUCCCUCCAAAAUUGCUGCAUCUCAUGUUAUUGUAGGUUCCUACAAUGACUAAGGCAACCAAGGUAAUCAAGGUUGUCAGUUUAGCACUUGAUAAAUGUGUUAAUGUUGCCUGCACGAUGAACAAACAUUUAUCAAUUAAAAAUGCACAUGCAAAUGAAUAGCCUUUAAAAAAGACACGAACAUGAUAAUGUUUAUCACUCUUAUGAUUACACUGUAGCACAAUUUCCAGCCUUUUGCAUAUUGAAUAAUUUUCAAAGUGUGGUGUUAUUUCCUGGUGUUGGUGUAAGGCUGAUAUUUCACACAGCAACAGGCCUGCAGUAGAGCUGAUGCUUGGACAAACCUCACAAGAGGUGUGUUACAUUCAAUUUGUCAUCUUAAAAAAAAGUUGGGGCUGAAAAUUAAAAUUUAUGGUGGAAACAAUUAUGCCUUUGACUUUAACAUCUAUAGAAGACAGUUCUGGCAAAAAAACUAUUGAAAUGAUAAUACUAUGUUUAAAAAAAAAUUCUGGUAAAAAAUAACACGAGUUAUCUCUGGUAAAAUUGUGUAUGCAAUAUGUCCCAAUAGUGUUCAGUUAUCACUGAUUAUUAUAGUGGUAUCACUUACUGUACACCCUUAUCUGGUGAUGGAGCUGUAUAAAGACACCUUGACUCCAACACCAAUACAAACACCUUACUAGAAAUCAACAACAAUCUUUUAGCACAACCUUAUGAAUUACAGGUACAUGUAUUCAUAUUUUCAUCGGCUGAAGUCAAGUUGCCACUGCAUUGAAAUAUAUAUAUAUAUAUAUUUGAGAUAGAAAGUUAUGAUUAUGAUGCCCUGUCAGAACAAGCAUUUAAUGAAAGUAUGUUGCCAAGAAAUAUAAUUGGUAAAAUGACCAGAAAAAUAAUGAAUCCUAUGGUACAUGAUGAGUCAUAGUACAUGUAUUACAAGCUAACAUUCAUUCUUGAAGUUUUAAUUUGUUACAUGUAUGUGGCACAGUCACAUUUCCCCUACGGCGGCUGUACAGUGAGUCACAGGCAGUCGAUUAUGUUUACUCAAACCACCUACGUGGAGCGCUGUGGCCCAGUGGAUUAGUCUUUUGAUUUCGAAACAGAGGGUCGUAGGUUCGAAUCCCAGCCAUGGCGU